AUGAGCCGUCUUCCGCCUCCGGGCGGCUUCGGCUACGAUCACGUUCCAUUGUGGAAGCCGUUCGGUUACCCGACUAAGAUUAGCGUCGCACUGGUUACGGCACGGAAAACUUUGCUCCCUCGGCAUUUGGCUUUGUCGCUCCGCGUCCGAUCUUCCCUCUUCCGCGAUUCGACUCUGCACCAAGGUGAUAUCGGUGGUAGCAGCAGCAGUAUGGACGAUGUCUCGUCGCGGCACUCGUCGCCACACACGUAUAUUCGCACUAGAGUUGCCAAUGCUUGCGAUAGUUGCAAGGCAAGAAAAGUCAAAUGCGAUGGAAAGUUGCCGUGUAGCUACUGCUUGCGUCGUCAGCGUCCGUCCACUUGCCGGUACUCUCCCCAGCAAAGACGACGAGCGCCGGCCCCGACGCCGAGAACACCGCCUCCGUCUGUGCAGACUGUCCCCGAUGUACAGACCGAUGCCCGGACAGAGUCUACUCACGAUCCAUUGGCCGAGGAGGAGACAGAGGUGCCACGAGAAGCACGACUCUUAUGUGAUGCCCAGGGCAAACUGAUCUUUAUUGGAGACUGUGCACCCUUGUCAUUCUUUCAGACAGUCCGCCAGCUCGUCAAUACCCGCGUGGAUCCUCAUGUCUUCGCCCAUCAGACUGAAAACCCCCCCUUCCGGCCGCCCGCUCAUUACUCCGGCAGUGGUGAACCCGACCUUCAUCCAAGAACUAUCCCUCAGGCCGUUGCUACGUACCAUGCAGUUACCAGUGGCCUCGUUGAUCUUUUUGAUCACACUCGCCUCGCGGACACCAUCUGCUCAUGGGCUCAGCAGAGUCACCGACCACAAGAUGUUGCAUCCGCAGCGUUCUAUCUUGUCCUCGCAAUAGGAUAUCAAUCUGCGGAAGAGGAUCUCGCAUCAGGAUACUUUGAGUAUGCGCGCAGCAACGCCCUAACAAAUCUCAGUGGCAACAUCAAUGUUCCUACCAUUCAAACGUUUAUCCUUGUCACUCUUUAUAUGUUGGGAUCUUGUCAAAUGAACGGAGCUUUUCUUUUUUUCGGCAUCGCAGUAAGAGCCGCAUAUUCUAUUGGGAUCCACCGCACAGAGAUAAACUCCCGUUUUGGACCCGAGAUCCAGAGACAACGAGAUCGGCUAUGGAAAAGUUUGCGCAUCUUGGAUCUAUUUCUGAGUACAUCUAUGGGUCGGCCACCUGCGACUUCAGAUAUCGACUGCAGUGUGCCUUACCGUGCCAUGGAGGAUGCCAACGGCCAAGAAACCUUCGAUAUCCUCGAUGCCUCGGCUCAAAUUUUCCUCAUCACUGAAGGCAUAGUAGUUGAGGUGUAUUCGAGAAAGAAGGUCUCUUAUCAGUUGACUGAAGGUAUUUCUAGACAGCUGCGGGACUGGUCCCUUCGCUGGCUCCAGAGAUUAAAGGAUGUUGUGUCCAACUCCCAGAACGAGGAGGACCCAAGCAAAGUCACUGGAGCUUGUCAGGUUCUUUGUUCAUACUACUAUGCCGUCAUUCUAGUGUCACGUCCCUUCCUCAUGUAUGAACUACAUAAACGAUUGACAGAGGGAUCGUCCGGAAGCUCAGCUGGCAGAAACGGUCUAGUUUCCGGCAAAUCUAAGCUUGCCGAUGCAUGCAUCGAUGCAGCAAGUUUUAUGGUCGACAUACUGGUCGGCUUAACGGAGAAAGGUUACCUCGACGGGCAAAUGCCGUUAAUUGUGUCUUGGCUCUUUGCUUCUUCCCUCAUAUUGGGAGUCGGUUUACUAGGAUCUUUCGGUCGCAUUCUUGAAAAGUAUACCCGCAACUCCAUCAUGGUACUCGAACAUUUUGCCAAAAGAGAUGCGCAUGCUUCUCAGUACUCUCUCAUUGCCAAAUCCCUUUUAAACGCAGCUCUUGACUAUCUGGAGAAGAAAGAGCUUCAGGAGCGGCUUCAGAGGACGGAAAGCUCCUCGCAACUGUUUGGGCUCGUGCCACGAGACAGCGCCGAAGCUGAGCAAGUCCCCCAUUCUUCCUCGCAUGACCACCCAUCGACCAUGAGCACCGACCGCCAAUCAACGGGCAAAGCGUCUAAUUCUAUUUCGGGCUUCCUGGGCCUGGGCUCUCCGCCCUUCGCUGACAUGGAUGCAUCAUUUUUAACUUUGUCAAGCUCACUUCCCCGGACACCGGACCUAUCCAUUCUUGAUGGGAGAAACGACGGAGAUCACGGGUUCGGUGAUCUUAAUUUAUUCCAACUCCUCGAUGGCGAUGGCCACAUCGAUCUUGGCCCUUAUAUAUAA